AUGUUGAAACACAUCCGAUCAUCAUCCGUUCUGAUGAACACAAAGAGAUUCUACACAACAACAAUUAUUAACAAAUUCAUGAAUAAUUCAUCAUUAUUAUCAUCAUCAUCAGCACCAACAACAACCACUACUGAACAUACACCACUUGGUGAUUUUCCCUUCACUCAAACUCAAUACAUCGGAGCAAUCAAUAGAACUGUCGAUAGAAUUACAGAAGUAUUGGAUAAAUUCUAUGAUUCGGAGGUGGAUAACUUGGAAGAGAAGGGUAUGGAUUUGGAGGUUGAAGGAGGACAUGAUGGAGUUGUAAAUAUUAAAGUCACAACAAGUGAAGAUAAGCUGAUGGUUUUUGUAGUUUCGAGACAAACCCCUGCUAGAGAGUUGUGGCUUUCGAGUGCCAUCAGUGGACCUUGGCAUUAUAGAUAUGAUCAUGUCAAUGAUGAUUGGAUUUGCACACGAGAGGGACAUUUGAAAUUUUGGCAAAGAAUGGAAAAGGAAUUAUCACAAGUUUUAGAACAGGAAAUUAAAUUUUAA